AUGGAAGAAUUCUGGGAUGAGUGUGUUAAGCGAGAUGGUUCUGAAUCAGGAGAAGAUCAGGAUGGUGCCAGGAAAUCUACGGAUGAGGAUUCCCCCAAAAAGAAGCGAGAGAAGGAAGUAGUGGAGAAUGCUUAUAAUACAGCUGAGAUUCCGGAUUCCUGGAAAGAAGCUUUAAUCACACUUAUUCACAAGGAAGGAACCGACCCUUCAGAAAUUAAAAACUAUAGACCAAUCUCGCUCUUGAAUAGUGACUAUAAGAUCUACGCAGCCAUAUUAGCUAACAGGUUGAAGAAAGUAGUUGCGAGCUUAAUCCAUGAAGAUCAAACUGGAUUUGUCCCAGGUAGAUUAAUGAACCAGAACGUAAGAUUGUUAUUGAAUGCACUUGAAUACUACAAAGAACAUUCCGAUAAAGAAUUUGCGGCCAUCUUUGUAGACGCAGAAAAGGCCUUUGACAAUGUGAACUGGCACUUUAUUAAAGCGAUAUUGACGGCAAUUGGCUGUGGUGAAAGAUAUUCCAGAAUGAUUGAAGCGAUUUAUUCUAAGCAGACAGCAAAAGUGGUCCAAAUGACCCAAUCGAGGGUCCUCCUUGAUGGAAUCUUCCAGAAGCUGUCAGCACCCACCCAGUCCCCCCUAACUCCUGGUUACACAACUGGAUACAGGUUCUCAGGAUUCACCAAAGCCAGCCUUGAAAAAGAUAACGUUGGGGGACGGGGUGAAAUCAUCAACAUCUGCAACACUCUUCAAAGGCAUCAGAGAACCCACACAGGGGAGAGACCUUUUGAAUGCUCAGAGUGUGGGAAGAGGUUCAGUCAUAGUGGCAAUCUUCAAAGUCAUCAGAGAACCCACACAGGGGAGAGACCUUUUGAAUGCUCAGAGUGUGGGAAGAGGUUCAGUGGGAGAAAGCAUCUUCAAAAUCAUCAGAGAACCCACACACAGGAGAGACCUUUUGAAUGCUCAGAGUGUGGAAAGAGGUUCCGUCAGAGUAGCCAUCUUCAAAUGCAUCAGAGAACCCACACAGGGGAGAGACCUUUUGAAUGCUUAGAGUGUGGAAAGAGAUUCAGUCAGAGUUGCCAUCUUCAAAGUCAUCAGAGAACCCACACAGGGCAGAGACCUUUUGAAUGCUCAGAGUGUGGAAAGAGAUUCAGUCACAGUUGCAGUCUUCAAAAGCAUCAGAGAACCCACACAGGGGAGACACCUUUUGAAUGCUCAGAGUGUGGAAAGAGAUUCGGUCACAGUGGCAGUCUUCAAAAUCAUCAGAGAACCCACACAGGGGAGAAACCUUUUGAAUGCUCAGAGUGUGGAAAGAGAUUCAGUCAGAGUUGCCAUCUUCAAAAUCAUCAGAGAACCCACACAGGGGAGCGACCUUUUGAAUGCUCAGAGUGUGGAAAGAGAUUCAGUCACAGUUGCAGUCUUCAAAAGCAUCAGAGAACCCACACAGGGGAGACACCUUUUGAAUGCUCAGAGUGUGGGAAGAGGUUCAGUCAGAGUGGCAGCCUUAAAAGCCAUCAGAGAACCCACACAGGGGAGAGGCCUUUGGAAUGCUCAGAGUGUGGGAAGAGAUUCAGUCAGAGUGGCCAUCUUCAAAGUCAUCAGAGAACCCACACAGGGGAGAGACCUUUUGAAUGCUCAGAGUGUGGAAAGAGAUUCAGUCACAGUUGCCAUCUUCAAAGUCAUCAGAGAACCCACACAGGGGAGAGACCUUUUGAAUGCUUAGAGUGUGGAAAGAGAUUCAUUGACAGUGGACAUCUUCACAGUCAUCAGAGAACCCACACAGGGGAGAAACCUUUUGAAUGCUCAGAGUGUGGAAAGAGAUUCACUGUCAGUAGCCAUCUUCACAGUCAUCAGAGAACCCACACAGGGGAGAAACCUUUU